UCUAGCCUCUUCCUCCCCUGCCUUCUCCCACCCCACCCGAUUUCCAUUUUCUCAAGCUUCAACUUGCCCAAACUUUGUCAUUUAGAAUUAUCGAGAAACGAAGCAGGGAUGCGUGGGGGAGAGGGCUGCGUUUUAGAACACCAGUAACAUAUUGCAGGUUGUAUGUCCAUACGUUUGAAAAAGUUUUCUUUUCGGUGAUGUGAUUGAACCCAACGAUAAGGAAGAUGAGCGAAAACGACAUCCUCGAGAUGGACUCCCUAUCAGACACCGAAGAGUUGGGUGAUGCAGAGCUGGGCAUGGUAGACGAAGUUGUGUAUCCUCAGGAGUUUUUACCAACUUAUAACUCUAUAAGAGAAGGAACAACAGUAGCCAAAGUACCUCGGGUAGAGUUUAACAACAAACCUGACUCCUUAUUCUUCAAUGAUGGCGUGAGGAGGAUAGAUUUCAUCCUGGUGUAUGAAGAUGAGGAAAACAGGGAGUUUGAGAAGAGGCACAUAUUCCAGAGGCGUAUGAGGCGACGAGAGUUCUUUGAGGCCAGCUUGAUGAAGAUGGGCAUGGAGCUGGAAGCCACGCCGUCUGUAGCUGAUGACAGACUCAUAUUUGUGAAAGUUCACAUGCCGUGGGAUGUGCUGUGCACCUACGCUGAGGUUCUGCACAUCAACGUUCCCAUCCAGCCAAACGACUUGUCCUCCCGCCAGUCCAUGUGGCGCUGCCUCUCCUGCUUCACCAAAUAUUUUUAUCCCAACGAAAAGCUGAUCAGAAAGGAGACUGAGUACUUCACCGCACCCUUUGAGAAAGACCGUCUGGAGUACUUCUAUAUCAAGGACAAAGAUCAUUUCUUCACUCCAUCCAUGAGGAGCAGGAUGGCAUUUUACAUCUUGAGCAGAGCCCCCUAUGAGAUACGAGGGAAUAUCAAGAAGUUUGGCAUCAACAAACUGCUCGAUGGUGGAGUGUACAAAGCUGCCUAUCCCCUUCAUGAUUCCAAGUUUAACGUCAGGUCCGAAGAAGAGGACUGCCCCAGUGAGCGAUAUCUGCUCUAUGAAGAAUGGGCCAAUCCCAAAGCCUUCUACAAGAUGCAGCCACUUGACCUUAUCAGGAAGUAUUACGGAGAGAAAGUUGGCAUUUAUUUUGCCUGGCUGGGUUUCUACACCAUGAUGCUGACUCUGGCUGCUGUUGUGGGGCUGGGUUGUUUCAUUUACGGAUAUAAAACCCAAGAAACAAGCACUUGGAGCAAAGAGGUGUGCGACCCUGAGAUCGGAGGGCAGAUUGUGAUGUGUCCACAAUGCGACGAUUGUAAUUUCUGGAUAUUAAACAGCACCUGUAACACCUCAAAAAAACUUUGCAUAUUUGACAACUUUGGAACUUUGGUGUUUGCUGUGUUCAUGUCGGUCUGGGUCACGUUGUUCCUGGAGUUUUGGAAGCGUCACCAGGCAAAGUUGGAGUACGAAUGGGACACAGUGGAAUUUCUGGAGCAGGAAGAGCCCCCUCGCCCUGAAUAUGAAGCUAAAUGUAUUUACGAGAGGAAAAACCCCGUCACAGGGGUAAAAGAAAAGGUGCCAUAUAGUGCCUGUGGACGGUGUGUUCGGCUGUCCAUAGGAAUCGGUACUGUCUUAUUCUGGAUCAUGUUGAUCUUGGCUUCCAUCGUGGGCAUCAUUGUGUACCGACUGGCUGUCUUCAUCACCUUCUCAUAUGAAUUCAGAAAGAAUGGCCUCAAGAAUUUAGAGCCAAUAAAGGAGUAUGUGACACCUCAGAUGGCCACCUCCGUCACAGCUUCCCUCAUCAGCUUUGUUGUAAUUAUGAUCCUAAAUGUCCUGUAUGAACGGGUCGCUAUCUGGAUCACAGACUUUGAGCUUCCACGAACCAGGACAGACUACGAGAACAGCUUGACGCUAAAGAUGUUCCUCUUUCAGUUUGUCAACUAUUACUCCUCUUGCUUCUACAUUGCCUUUGUGAAAGGAAAGGCUGUUGGCUAUCCUGGAGACCCUGUUUAUCUGCUUGGAAAAUACCGGAAUGAGGAGUGUGAUCCUGGUGGCUGUCUGAUUGAGUUAACCACUCAGCUCUCCAUCAUCAUGGGGGGAAAAGCUAUCUGGAACAACAUCCAGGAAGUCUUGCUACCGUGGUUGAAGAACCUGAUUCUCCGAUACUGCAACCGUAAAGCCUCAGAGAAGGUGAAACCUCGUUGGGAGCAAGACUACCAUCUCCAGCCCAUUUCGAAACUGGGAUUGUUCUAUGAAUACCUUGAGAUGGUCAUCCAGUUUGGCUUUGUGACCCUGUUCGUGGCCUCUUUUCCUCUGGCUCCAGUUCUGGCUCUGAUUAACAAUGUGUUUGAGGUUCGGGUUGAUGCAUGGAAACUCACGACACAGUGUCGGCGUGGUGUUCCAGAGAAGGCCCAGGAUAUAGGAGCCUGGCAGACCAUUCUUCAAGGCAUUGCCAUAUUGGCUGUUGCAACUAAUUCCAUGAUCAUUGCUUUCACAUCAGACAUGAUUCCUCGGUUGGUCUACUACUGGUCUUUCUCAGUGUAUCCGUAUGGAGAUCACCAUGAGCACACCAUGCAGGGUUACAUCAACAAUUCCCUGUCAAUAUUAAACAUCAAAGAUUUACCCAACACAACUGACAACACUGAGCAUGAUUUCAUCACCACCUGCAGAUAUCGAGAUUAUCGGUUUCCUGCGGGGCACUUCAGACAGUACGAGCAUAACAUGUACUAUUGGCAUGUGAUUGCAGCCAAAAUGGCUUUUAUAAUUGUUGUAGAGCACAUUGUUUACUUCACCAAGUUCAUCCUGUCCUACAUAAUCCCAGAUGUCCCGUAUGCUGUCAAAGAACAAAUCAAGCGUGAGAAGUACUUAACCCAAGUUAUCCUUCAUGAGACCAACCUGAAGCUGGUAACCAAACGUUUGAUACCAGCUGCAGACGAAAGUUUAAGUCAUACAGAAGCAAAAGUUGCAAAGGAGGAGAUGGAAAUGGAUUCCUGAAAGGAAAAUCACAGAGGAUGACAUCAGUUGUGUUUAGCUGCAUCAAUAGAAAGUAGUUUUCUGUCUUUGUAGUGUAUAUAAAUAUUUUCUAUGCUUUUUAAUGCAUCCACAAAUAUAUAUUUACAUACUUUGUAGCUCUCUGAGAUAAGUCUGAGAAGGACGUUAAUCUAACCCCUGCCUUCUUUAUAACCACUAUGUUCUUGACUUUAACUCACUCGUGGUGUUUGGCUGUUAUCAGGCAGGAAAAGCUAAAGAGAUCCUUCCUUUACCGUCUCUGAGGGUGCUUUUCUUCUUGGAAAUUAAGUAAACUUGUUUCUUUUUGUUUGCAUUAAACUUAAAGCUGUACAGUAACAGAUGAGAUGUUGUAAAACCACUCUGUCAGCAUGCUUUGUUCUUAAAGAAAUGGGUCACUUUACUUGCAAGGUCAAUCACUCAUUUACCACUUAAAGCACAUGUUGGAGAAUUUCUUAGUUGAAAAAUAAUGUACAUUAAGCCUGGUGCUUCAAAAAAUGCAUGUCUGUCCUUUUUUAUUAAAAUGCUCAAUGUUUUCACUA